ACUUCUCUCACAAUGUUUCUCUUGCGGUUCCUCAGCAGCCUUUUCACAGCAUUGUUUACAGAAAAAAUGAACAAAAAGAAACUGAAAGCAGACACGUACGAUAUCACUGUGUUUAAGCGAGGGGAUCUCCUGGAGGUUCCCCGAACGCUUUUCACACAUUUUGGUAUCUAUCUGGGCAGCAACCGUGUGGCUCACUUUAUUCCUGACAUCCUGCCUGUUAUCUCGGCUGAUAACAGUGCGAUCUCCAAGACGGUGUCCAACAGCCGUCUGAUCCUGGGCGUGAUCACAAAAAAGGCCAGCGUUCGUGUGGACUCUGUGGAGGACUUUGCAUACGGAGCUGAGAUUCUGGUGAACAGCAUGGACACUGUGUGCAGUCGGCCGCCCCUUCGGGGUGAAGAAGUGGCCAUGCGAGCGGAGAAGCUGAUGGGAUUCAUGGACUACAGUCUGCUGUGGUUCAACUGUGAACAUUAUGUCAUGUUCUGCAGAUACGGAACCAGCAUGAGCUUUCAGACAUAUCAGUUCUGUAAAAGUGUCAGGAAGAUGCUGUUGAGUAGGACCAGCUCGUUCCUGAGCCUUGUGUUGUGUGUGUUCAUCAUGGGGUUUCUGGGCAGCAUCUCUGUGUGUGGAGUUUUACUCACGCUGAUCAUUCCCUUCACCAUAUGGAUGGCAUCAUGAGUUAAUACUGUGUCCAUCUCAUAAAAAUCUACAUCAUGUUGACAUGAUGUAGAUUUCAACACUUUGAGUUGCUCCCUCACAGUUCCUGAUCUUAACCUGAGCUCAGGUUCUUCUGGUGUCUCUGUGGGUUUCCUCUGGGUUCUCUGGUCUCCUCCCACCUUCCAUGUGAGUGUGCACACUGGUUAAGGCUCUGGAUCCACCUCCACAUUGACGUGGAUAACAUCAGUGGAUGAAUCCAAUGUUCUGAAGAGUGAUUGUGAUGAUUUUUCUGUUGUAUAUGUUUCAGCACACUGUAUAUUACACUCUACAUUAUACUCUAUAUAUCACAGUUUAUUGAGAAAACCAUCAUACAUGUGGAAAUAAAUUAAGUGAUCAA